AGAGAGGGAAAUGAUUCUUAAAUGAAGGGGAGGGUGUUUUGAUCAGCUGGGUCAGACUGUAUAUAAAUAAAGGAGCUAAAAGUUUUCACAUAACUAUUGAGAAUCGCGACAAGUGGCAUUCCUGACAAAAAAAGGAAGACAAGAAAUCAUCCCAAGACUGUUAAGAUGGAACUUUUUAUCAAAACACUGGAUGGGACGUCCCACAGGCUGAUUGUGAACCCACAGGACACUGUUGGAUCCCUGAAAACACAAAUCCAUAAUCUACUGAAGGUGCCUGUCCACGAACAGAAGCUAAUGUUUGUAAACGGCAAAACGACAACUCUCAGUGACGACACCAAACCUGUGUGCUACUACGGCUUGCAGUCCGGCUCCCAUGUCUCCCUGCUGAUCGUCGAGCCUCCUAUCAUCCAGGUGUUCCUCAGGAACGUGGACGGGCAGACGAGCACCUACGAUAUCAAACCCAACGAGACGGUGAACGACUUCAAGCGGAGAGUGGAGCAGAGGGAGGGGGUACCGGUGAGCCAGCGGAGGUUCAUUCACGAAGGCAAGGAGAUGACAACUGGAAAACUGUCGGACUACAACGUGAGGGCGCACAGCACCAUCUACAUGACCCUCCGACUGAGAGGAGGCUGAGGACAUAGUGGGCGACACACCAGGAAAUUAAUUCUUUAUACUUUUUUUUUUUUUUUAUUUUUAUUAGUAUUUUUAAUAUAAAUUAUCGACGCAUUCCACGAUGUGUAAUUCCGCCGUAAUAACUUUGUUUUGUUUAGCUGACAACAAAGUCAUUCCAUACACACAGGAGAUCAAUGUUAUGCUUUUAUUUUGAAAAAUCCAUGUUACCCAGAAAUUGUAAAAAAUUAAAUAUAAAUAAAAGUCUUUGAUGUGAA